UGCUAAUGAAAAACGCGGGAAUGUGCCUUAGUGAUCGUAUGUGCAAAAAUUUAUGAAAACUUUCUUGAAAAAAUACAUAAAGUUAUGGCUAAAACACACAGCGAUAUCAAUACAGUGGAAUUAUCUCAAAGCGGAAAUAGCCAAUCGCAUACGAGAAACGAUUCUCAAAACGAAGAUGAAUUGCAGUAUCUACAUUUAAUUCGUCGUGUGUUAUCGAACGGAAAUAAGCGUGUGGAUCGCACCGGAGUUGGAACGAUGUCCCUUUUUGGUACUCAAAUGCGGUAUAAUUUAAGGAACAACACAAUGCCAUUACUCACAACAAAACGUGUGUUUUUCCGAGGUGUUGCUGAAGAACUACUCUGGUUUAUUCGAGGAAGUACAAACGCAAAGGAAUUGCAGGCUAAAAACAUACACAUUUGGGACGGGAACAGCAACCGAAAGUUUCUGGAUUCAGCUGGUUUUACUAACCGCGAAGAAGGAGACCUUGGUCCAGUGUACGGGUUUCAAUGGCGCCAUUUCGGUGCGAAAUAUACAACAUGGAGCGAUGACUAUACAGGACAAGGAAUUGACCAAUUAAAUGAGGUCAUAAAUCGCAUUCGAACUAAUCCCACCGAUCGGCGAAUCAUAAUGAGUGCUUGGAACCCGAUAGAUAUUCCACAAAUGGCUUUACCACCAUGUCAUUGCUUGGCGCAGUUCUAUGUAGCAGAUGACGAAUUGUCAUGCUUAUUAUACCAACGAUCUGCUGAUAUAGGCCUUGGUGUGCCAUUCAAUAUUGCAAGUUAUGCCUUACUGACACAUAUGAUUGCUCACAUCACUGGACUGAAGGCAGGCGACUUUAUUCACACUAUGGGUGAUACACAUGUGUAUCUGAAUCACAUCGAUCCUUUGAAGGAACAAUUAACUCGAGCUCCAAAAAAAUUUCCUACUUUGCAUUUCAAGCGUGUGGUCAAAUCAAUAGAUCAAUUUCAGUAUGAAGACUUCGAUAUUCGGGAUUAUGACCCGUAUCCACCAAUUAAAAUGCAAAUGGCGGUUUAAGUGUUUUUUUUUUGUAAUGAUGAAUUUCGAUGAAUUGUUUAUUAUUAUUAUUAUUAUUAUUAUUGUAAAAUCAGCAGACACAUUGUAGUCCCUCCCAUGGUUGGUGGGCUUGACGGUAUUGCAAACAUCAUCAACUACAAUCAAUUAGCGUUACAAUUUGAUAAAGAUAUGUGUUACAGCUUUUAGCUUCAUUAUUGAAUUAAAUGAAUAAGAUAUGGAACGAGUUGAAUAAGAUGUUGAUUGCAUUACGCUCCAACAUCCGGGGUUGGAGAGGCCAGUAGGACUUAAUUGAGCUCUAUUUUAUGUUUUAUUUUCAUACUACCGGCACUUAUAACCAGUGCAUAAAACGGGCCAACUGCAGUGUGGAAAUUAAGUGAAGUGAACGUAUCCCAAUUGGGUUUCACAAGAUGAUGAAACGUAUCGCUUCUAUUGGCUUUCGGAGAAAUAAAGAUCACAUCACUAGCUGUUGAAGUCUCAAGCAAUAAUGACUGCUUUUACUCUGCUCUAUAUUUUGUCUCUUCCUUGUGUUACUCAUGCGUUACGUCUUGUGUUGACGUUUGCAGUGGUAUGACAGUUCUUUCCUUUUAAGUUAAUGCUAUCAAACAGUCCUUAUUAAACACGAAAGCUGACAAUAAUCAGAUAACAGAAAUACACUAUUGUUCUUAAAAUACUAAAUUAAAUCUAUAAUUCGAAUCCAAUUCCCCUGGGCGUUAGCACAACCUUGAGACAGAUUGAAUGAUGCCGUCACGGUCCCAUGGCUUGUCUGUAUCCUUACUCAAUGGAGAAGGAUGCACACUAAUGGUGCCAUUGGUAAUGUCUGACAAGAAGAGGCAACAAUACACAGAAUGGGAACAAUAAAAUGGAUAUGUUCCUCUUUCUGAGUGUGCCAAACUUGUCAGACAUUGUCCAUGCUACAACAAAUACUGCACUUUGAUCUAGGGUAGAGAAGCGAUCUACUAAUUAAGUUUGAUUCCAGUUGGUUUUAUGAUGACGGAAUCAUAUACUCAUAUACGCCAGUGUUCAGUUGGUCAACCUAGGCUAGUUCGUCAGGCGUGGAAUUGAUAUUGUAUAUCCUGGAUCCAUAAAUGGGCCCGGUUCAGAAUUUGCGCUAUUCAGCUGCCCGACCGGUAAACCCACGAAAAAAUUAAAAAAAGGAAAAAAAGUAUUACUACAGCAUGUUUACCCUCCCAUUGGUGGGCUUGACGGUAUUGCAAACAUCAUCACAUACAAUCAAUUAGCGUUACAAUUUGAUAAAGAUAUGCGUUACAGAUUUAGCUUCAUAAUUUAAUUAAAUAAAUCAGAUAUGGAAAGAAUUAAAUGAAUAAGAUGUUCAUUGCAUUACGCUUCAACAUUCGGGGUUGGAGAGGCCGGUAGGGCUUAACGGAGCUCUUUUUUAUGUUUUAUUUUCAUACUACCGGGCCUUAUUACUAGUGUAAAGUGGAAAUUAAGUGGAAUGAACGUUUCCCAAUUGGGUUUCACACGAUGACAACAAAUGAACGGUAAAUCGAGUCCAUAUUUGACGUUUAUUGGUGGUUUGUGUACAAUGGAUUACUGUGGAAUGAGAUAGAAUAUUGUAGAAUAGAACGAAAUAAUAAUGACUUAACCAAUGAGCAAACCACUGAUAGCUGUCAAACGAUGUUCAUCCAGUUUGCAUUGUGAGGAUGUAUCGUUUGGGACCUGAUGGGUGAGAUGAUGUGUGAGUGAAAUGUAAGAGUAAGUGCAUGCAAAAAUGGUAAAGGCCACCGUUUCAGCUCAGGACUAACGAUCGACCAUUAGAAGCGAUAGAAAUUGGGUAACGGUACCCCCAUUCAUCUCAAAUCCAUUAGAACGAACGAGAACCAUUAGU